GAUGGUGGCUAUCGGCUGCCACCCAGGGCAUGAGAUCUCGUGUAACUCGAGUAAGGCCGUGGAGAUUAGGGAGUGUUUCAGACCAGGCUCGGGUCACACGAUCGCUGAGUGACUGAGUGCAAUAACGCGGAAGUCAUGAGCAUGAUGCUUUAGUUUGCCCGUCCGUGCACGGUUUCCCUUUUGGAAGUUUCGUCAACGACAUCUGUUGGUGUUGUGCCUUCACGCUCCACGGUAACGCCGCCCACUGGCUGGUUUCCAACUGCCGUUCGCGUAAUGAGCCUGUUGCUGCCCGUUCGAAGGGGCGCUCUCUAUGCUCAGCGAUCCAUACCCCGGCGCUCUGUCGUCGCCCAGUCACAGGCGCGGCAUCUUCAGCGUUCACGGCAGAAGUCCACCUUUUGCCCGACGAACAUAGCUGAGCUGCUAAGGCCAGCUUCCCCGCUUUCGUCUAUCUCACCGCAGGAGCCGUCCGAGAGUGAUAAUCUUACGGUUCAUGGCUAUAUUCGAUCGGUGAGGAAGCAGAAGCGGAUCGCCUUUGCAGUCAUUGGUGAUGGCUCCACUUUACAGACUGUACAAGCUGUCUUGUCACCUCAGCUAGCAGAAGACCUGUCAACGGGUGCUGCCGUUAGAGUGACCGGGAAAUGGACAGCCUCACCAGGUGGAAAGCAGUCGCACGAACUUCAGGUCGAAAAUAUCCAGGUGCUGGGAGACAACGAUGCCACGACAUCUCCAAUCCAGAAGAAGUAUCAAUCGGCGGAGUAUCUCCGCACUGUUCCUCACCUACGACCUCGUCUGCCUUUCAACGCUUUACUUUUACGCUUGAGGUCCCUUGUUACAGCGCAGGUGACAAGUCAUUUUGCCAAGAAUGAUUUUACUCAAUGUCAUCCGCCGAUCAUCACCUCGUCCGACUGCGAAGGUGCAGGAGAAGUCUUCACCGUCGAGCCUGCUGCAUCUGAUGCAACAUCGGCGCCUGUCCCUGGCUUGCCCAGCAAGCCCAAAAAGCUGCCUGACCCAUUUUUCGGCUCUCCGAAGUAUCUGACUGUCUCCAGUCAGCUGCAUUUGGAAGCGCUGGCACAGUCUGUCGAUAAAGUAUGGACGCUUUCUCCAACAUUCCGUGCUGAAAAGAGCGACACGGCCCGUCACCUCAGCGAGUUCUACAUGCUAGAGGCUGAAGUCGCUUUUGUCGACGACCUCAACGAUGUCAUGGACGUAGUAGAAAAUAUGCUACGCUCUGUUGCAACCGAACUUCAGGCUUCACGUGUUGGCCAAGAGCUUCUCGAGAGCCGAGCACGGGACCAGAGUGAGGAGAGCACAUUUGUGUCGCACGACACACUCGCACAACGAUGGCAGGGGCUUGCCGACGGACCGUGGCCACGCAUCAAAUAUGCUGAGGCGAUACAACAUUUGAAGGACGCGACAGCACAAGGUAAGGCGGGAUUCGAGUUCUCACCUGAACACAAAGAUGGUUUACAAACCGAGCACGAGCGGUAUCUUGCCGAGCACCUUGGUAACGGCGGUCCUGUCUUCGUCACGGAUUACCCUCGGUCGAUGAAGCCUUUCUACAUGCUGCCAUCCAGCGCAUCUGGAUCAGACACAGUCGCGUGCUUUGAUCUGCUUGUGCCUGAGAUCUGUGAAUUGGUAGGCGGCUCAAUGCGUGAGCACAGGCUUCCGGAACUCCAACAAGCAAUGGUGGACCACGGCCUUCGCGCAGCAGCUGACAGCACCGAAGAGGCGUCGGACGGCUCCCUGCAGUGCUAUGAGGCGCUCCCACCCAACUUCUCGCUCGGCGCGAACAUGCUUGCCGGCGCGUUCGCUGGUAUUGCCGAACACUCAGUUAUGUACCCCGUCGACAUGCUUAAGACUAGGAUGCAAGUCAUCAACCCCGGGCCUACCGCGACGUACCAGAGCUCCAUCGCCAAUGCCCUCGUAACAGUUUCAAGGGUAGAGGGCUUCAGGUCGCUAUGGAAGGGACUCUCCAGUGUUGUGCUGGGCGCUGGACCCGCGCACGCCGUAUACUUCGCAUCCUACGAGGCCACAAAACACGCUCUUGGCGGAAACGAGGGAGAAAGCCACGAGCAUCACCCUCUCGCUGCAGCUGCCAGCGGCGCCGCAGCCACCAUCACGAGCGAUGCGCUGAUGAACCCCUUUGACGUCGUCAAGCAGCGCAUGCAAUUGCACGGUUCGAUCUACACUUCGGUCGGCCAUUGCGCGCGGGAUGUCUUCCGCAAGGAGGGCAUUGGCGCGUUCUACGUCUCGUACCCCACCACACUGUGCAUGACAGUGCCAUUCACCGCGCUGCAGUUCAUGUCAUACGAGUCGAUUUCGAAGGUCAUGAACCCUACUGGCCGAUACGACCCGUACACACAUUGUUUCGCCGGCGGCCUCGCUGGUGGUUUUGCUGCGGCGCUUACCACGCCCCUAGACGUUAUCAAGACGCUGUUGCAGACACGAGGAAGCGCCCACGACGCUGAACUGAGGUCGGUUUCUGGACUGGUCCAGGCGGCCAAGAUCAUCCACCAGAGGGAAGGCUACAAGGGCUACUUCCGCGGGCUGAAGCCCAGGAUCAUCACGACAAUGCCUAGCACGGCGAUUUGCUGGUCUGCAUACGAGAUGGCGAAGGCGUUCUUCAUUGCUCGCAGCACGAACCCCAACACAGCCUUAUAACGAUAAUCUCGUUACCAAAUUAUUGCGCUCACUCCAGCGCAUGCUCCUAUAAUGCGACAUACAUUUCCCAGCAGUAGAAGGGACCUCGAUAUUCUCAGCAUAGAGCAGGCUACCAGGCCGCACCGUGCAGCUUCCCUGGCAGCGUAACGGUCUUCACAUUUCGUUGUAUAGUCAUAGAAACUUCCCUGGCCUUGAUAUCUGGAGGGACCAUAUGGCGGCGUACGGAAUCUUUGACGCUUUUUCUCUUGAGCGUUAUGCAGUCAGCGCGCAUGUUUGUACCAUAUGGGGAAUAUAGCAUCGGCGUCUUCGUCAAGUGGCAUUGUUGUCUUGCUCGACCAUUUUGCGAGGAGCGCAAUCGAUAAAGUGGACCCAGUGUAGAUCUGAAUGCGACCCGCACAUGCCCUGUCCAUCCUUCGCCCCAUCGCUUGUGCCCGUGAGAGUGCCUGAUAAUCGGAGGCAACCUGGUCAGU